CUUAAAGAUUCUGGUCAAAAACAUGAAAAAACAAUUCAAGAUGCAGAACAAGCAUUAGAAAAGGCUAAAACAAAAUAUGAGACACAUAGUGAAGAUUGGGAGCGCACUAUUUUGCAAAAAAGUGGCGAUAUAUCUAAUAUAAAACCAAGGACCUCCUUAACAAAAGCUAUUUUUUCUAAGCAGCCAAAGUCUCCCACACAGGCUCUCAAAGAUAUUUCCGACGAAUGUGAUAUAGGUAUACAAUAUCAUCUUGCUCGAUACACCUACCUUUUUGAAAAUACUAUGGUAAGCGACGCAUUGGUUAUAAGUCCCGCCAAUACCGAAGAUGAUAAUCAUGAAAUUCCAUUGAUUUUAAUUAAGUGUGCAGAAGAAAUUGAAAAAAAUGGUGGUAAGGCUGUCAAAAAGGAAAAUGCGGAAACUGUUGACUUGAGUGCGGAGGAAUGUUCUUCAGACAAUCAGGAGAAAAAUAAAAUGAACGUUCAAAAUCUUGGAAUUGUGUUUGGGCCAACAUUGAUGGGCAGCCCUAUUGUUACUGCAAUUUCAAAUCCCGUAUCAUCAUCAGGUUUAUCAUUACAAAAUUCAAAUACGGCACUUUCAUCACCUUUAUCACAUGUGUCAGAUAGCGGCGGAGGACUUAAUGAUAUGGGAAUAAUUCCCAAUUUAUUAAUUUAUGGAAAUUUUUUAAUAUAG